GAAAAACCAUCGCUUUCUUUUUCUGCUUUGUUUCCAGCGACCUCGUCUCUCUCACACUUUGCCUUCUCCAAGCCAAGCUCGAGGUCGGCGCUUCUGCUCGGCCGACGGCAUUCCAUUCCGGUCUGCGUCUGCCUGCUUCUGGGGGUCGAGCUUCUCCAUGGACGACUCGGGCGGCGCUGAUCCGGCGCGGCAGCAUCAGCAUCCGUACCACCAGCAGCAGCAGCAGCUGGCGUCGCCGCAGCAAGGGGGCGCGGCGCCGGUGCCACGGUCGCCGACCCCGCUCGACCUGGCCGCGUACCACCGGCGGCUCUCCGCGUCGCCCCGGCCGCCGGCGCACCCGCAGGCGCCCUGCGCGCGGCUGCCUUCGCCGUACGGGGGAGGAGGCGGCCACCAGAUCCCCUCCGGCGGCGGCCACGCGCGCUCGCUCUCGCAGCCGCUCUUCUUCUCGCUCGACUCGCUCCCGCCCCCGCCCUACGCCGAUCUGGCCGCCGCGCGCUCCCCGCCCUCCUCCACCUCCGACCCGCCGCCGUUCGGCCUGCCGCCGCGUGGCCACCGCCGCUCCCACAGCGACAUCCCCUUCGGUGGCUUCUCGCAGCUCAGCCCGCCACUCCCGCCGCCGGCCCCCGUCAAGCGGGAGCUGCCCUCGGCGCCCGAGGGCGGCAGAUCGGGCGACGACGCCGCCCUCUACGACCUCGUCAACGCCUACAUGGACCUCGACGGGAUGGACGCGCUCAACUCCGACGACCGUGACGACAGCCGCGCCAGCGGCACGCGCGCCGGGAGCGCCGCGGAGAGCAGCGAGAACGAGGCCGAGAGCCAGUCGACCUCCGCGCAGAGGAAGGACGGCGGGGGCAAGUCCCGGCAUUGCCGCAGCUUGUCCAUGGACAGCUUCAUGGGGAAGCUCAACUUUGCUGCUGGCGACGAGUCGCCAAAGCUGCCGCUGGCGUCCUCCAGUGGUGGUGGCCUUUCGAGGAGCGGGAGCGGGUCCUUGGACGGUGGCGGUGCUGCUGCGCUAUUUGGUACGGAGUUUGCCAAUGGGGAGUUCUCUGAGGCUGAGAAGAAGAAGAUCAUGGCAAACGAACGCCUCGCAGAGAUCGCUUUGACCGAUCCGAAGAGGGUCAAGAGGAUUUUGGCGAAUCGGCAGUCUGCGGCGAGGUCAAAGGAGCGCAAGAUGAGGUACAUUCAAGAGCUUGAGCAUAAGGUGCAGGUGUUGCAAACAGAGGCGACUACACUUUCGGCACAGUUGACAAUGCUGCAGCGGGACUCUGGAGGACUUGCCACCCAGAACAAUGAGUUGAAAAUAAGGCUGCAAGCAAUGGAGCAACAAGCGCAACUGAGAGAUGCUCUGAAUGAAGCACUAACUGGCGAGGUCCAGCGUCUGAAACUCGCAACUGGUGAGACGUCUGACGCUCGCAUGUCAAAGAUGGGUCUACAACAGCAGAUGAACUCCCAGCUCAUUCAAAUGCAGCAGCUGCAAAUACAGCAGCAGCAACAGCAGCAGCCAUCGCAGACGCGGCAGGCUCAGCAGCAGCAGCAGCAGCAGUCGCAGCAAUCAUCCUAGACGAGGUCCAAAAACCCCGGAUCAGUAUAGCAGAGAAGCCUGAAAUCAAGCCGAGCAUGAUGAAUUGCUUGUAUGAGAGCAGAGAGCGAGAGAGGGAAAAAAAUGUCUUUUGGUUAUAUAUCAGACAGGCUGUAGGGUAGCUUAAGGGUAGGGCAACUUAUGCUGCCCCAAGGAGUACUUUUGUUCAAGGUGGUAAUACCUAGCAUGCCGGAGUAUGUUCGUCGUCAUCGUGGUGUCGUACCGUGUUUACCGUCUAGUUCUGUGUUUGUACAUGAGUACCUUCCUGCUGAGGCAUUGUGGUGGUCUUAUCUGAAGAUUCUUUCUAAGGAGUUGCUUGUGUGGUGUGUCUAUGAGGAUCUAUUUGCAGAGAUGUAUAACAGUACCUGCUCAAAUCUCCAUCUUCA